AUGGUCCAUUUAUUUUUUACGGCUAAGAAACGAUACUAUGCGACGUUGGGGAAGUUGCCACUGAAGGAGAGAUAUUUGCUAUCCGAAAGUUACCAACUAUGCCAAACCUGUUUCGUCGCCACUUUCUGCGCCUUGGCUAUCAAUAUUGCUUUGUUUAUAUCCUUCUGGCUUUUUGUGUUUAACAUUAUUCCAUACAACGUGUUAUAUCAAUAUUUUAUGGUUUAUGACAUGACCCUCAACAUCUCGGCGACUCUCUUCCCUAUACUAUUUCUCCGAGACGCAAAAAAGUAUAGGUGCAAGGUAACAUCUAUAAAAAGUGGACACAAUCAGUCUGGAAAUCUGGAAGUCCGUCAACUGGAUGGAAACAAGAUCAGCACUUCUCAGACUCAGGAGGAGUAUUUCCAACAGUUGCAGUCUUCGUGGGCUUAG